AUGGAUUUUCCUGGACACUUUGAACAAAUCUUUCAGCAACUAAACUACCAACGACUUCAUGGUCAACUUUGUGAUUGUGUCAUUGUGGUGGGGAAUAGACAUUUUAAAGCACAUCGUUCUGUGUUGGCAGCAUGCAGCACCCAUUUCCGAGCCCUUUUUACUGUAGCUGAGGGAGAUCAAACCAUGAACAUGAUCCAGUUGGAUAGUGAAGUGGUGACAGCAGAGGCCUUUGCUGCUUUGAUUGAUAUGAUGUAUACCUCUACACUUAUGCUUGGGGAAAGUAAUGUCAUGGAUGUUUUAUUGGCAGCUUCCCAUCUUCAUUUGAACUCUGUUGUUAAGGCCUGUAAACAUUAUUUAACUACAAGGACGCUGCCUAUGUCUCCCCCAAGUGACAGAGUUCAGGAACAAAAUGCACGAAUGCAGCGGUCUUUUAUGCUUCAGCAAUUGGGACUGAGUAUAGUGAGCUCUGCAUUAAAUUCUAGCCAGAGUACAGAAGAGCAACAAACUACCAUGAACUUAUCAAUGAGGAGUAACAUAGAACAGCGUACUACUUUUCCAAUAAGGCGCUUCCACAAGAGGAAACAGUCUUCAGAGGAUCGGGCCAGACAGCGCAUGAGACCCACUUUAGAUGAGUCCAUGAUUUCAGAUGUGACACCAGAGAAUGGACAGGCAGUGGUUCAUUCUCGUGAGGAGUUUUUUUCACCAGAUUCUUUGAAAAUUGUGGAUAAUUCUAAGUCAGAUUCAGUAACUGAUAACCAAGAAGACAAUGCUAUCAUGUUUGAUCAGUCAUUCAGUGGACAAGAAGAUGCCCAAAUGCCUAGUCAAUCUGACAACAGUGCUGGGAACAUUUCUCAGAUGUCUAUGGCAUCUCAGACAACUCAAGUGGAAACCAGUUUUGGCCAGGAAGCUACUUCUGAAAAAAAUGGUUUUCAGUGUGAAAAUACAGAAGUUGGCCUCAGUGAGAAAGACCACAUGAGAGUGGUGGUUAAAUCUGAACCUUUGAGCUCUCCUGAGCCUCAGGAUGAAGUGAGUGAUGUGACCUCUCAAGCAGAAGGCAGUGAAUCUGUGGAAGUGGAAGGUGGAGUGGUCAGUGCUGAAAAAAUAGAGCUGAGUCCAGAAAGCAGUGAUCGUAGUUUUUCAGAUCCACAAUCCAGCACUGACAGAGUAGGGGACAUUCAUAUUUUGGAGGUUUCCAAUAAUCUGGAACACAAAUCUACUUUUAGUAUUUCAAGUUUUCUAAGCAAGAGCAGAAGUAGCACCUUUAGUGCCAAUCAGAACAAUGAUGACAACAUUCCAAACACUACCAGUGACUGCAGAAUGGAUAAUGACACAUCUUAUUUAAUGAGUCCAGAGUCGGGUCCUACAAGUGGUCAUUCCUCUGCUGCCGUCUCUCAUGUGGAGAAUCCUUUCAGUGAACCUGCAGACUCACAUUUUGUUAGACCUAUGCAGGAAAUAAUGGGCCUUCCCUGUGUGCAGACUUCUGGUUAUCGAGCAGCAGAACAAUUUGGGAUGGAUUUUCCUAGAUCUGGUUUGGGAAUACAUUCUCUCUCCAGGGCAAUGAUGGGUUCCUCUCGAGGGGGAGCCAGUAAUUUUCCUGGCUACCGUCGUAUAGCUCCAAAAAUGCCAGUUGUGACCUCUGUUAGGAGCUCUCAAAUACAAGAUAACUCAGCUAAUUCCCAGUUGUUAAUGAAUGGGCCUACUUCCUCCUUUGAAAAUGGGCAUCCUUCCCAGCCUGGUCCCCCUCAGUUGACCAGAGCAUCUGCUGAUGUUCUGUCAAAGUGUAAGAAGGCCUUAUCAGAGCACAAUGUCUUAGUUGUAGAGGGGGCUCGAAAAUAUGCCUGCAAAAUCUGCUGUAAGACAUUUUUGACCUUAACAGACUGUAAGAAGCACAUUCGUGUACACACAGGUGAGAAGCCCUAUGCCUGCUUAAAGUGUGGUAAGAGGUUCAGCCAGUCAAGCCACCUGUAUAAACAUUCCAAAACUACUUGCCUCAGGUGGCAGAGCAGCAAUCUACCUAGCACUUUGCUCUAAUCCUGUUUUUCCCUCUGAUCAAAAUGAAGUCAAUACCAAUUUCAAAAUAAUUUUUAACAAUUAUUGGCAGAUACUUAACACUAUUUUGUUUUAGGUUUCUGGCUGAACAGUGGCUCUUAUACGUUGUGUAAUUAGACACAGGCACUUGUGCUAAUAGGUCUUUGAGAAAAAUGCAGAACUUGGGAGGAAAAGGGAUGUAAUCCCUAAAACCAAGUUAUUCCUUUAGGAUUGAGUUAACAAGGAGAGAAUAUUUUGUUCCUAAAAGUGGCACGUUUUAAGAAUAAAAAACUAAAGUGCAAAUUUUUUUAAAAGCAAUUUUUGUAAAAGUGUGUGAAGCAUUUAAAUAAAAUACCUGUACAUUUAAGUUUGGUAUAUUAUGUGUCUGAACAAUGAUGCAAAGAGCUCUU